AUUCUUUUAACUUACUAUUCUUUUUUUCUGUCUGUUCAGUGGAAGUUAACGCGAUCGAAAUAACAGAGAAUCUUUUCUUCGCCAUUUUCGGCCAAAAAGAUACCAAUGCCUUUAUGAUUUCAUUAAACAGGAAGCAGCAGCCACAGUGGACGGUUAUUUUUUUUAAGGUAUCAUUCUCACUAUACAUGCUCGUCAGUGUCAUAGUAUUAAUUAAUCUAUUAAUUGCUAUGAUGAGCGAUACAUAUCAUAACAUUCAAUCACAGAGUGAUAUCGAAUGGAAAUAUGGUCUCAGCAAAUUAGUUCGCAAAAUGCAAAAAACAAAGACAGCUCCAUCUCCGUUAAAUCUUGUUACUACAUGGGCCGAAUAUCUUAAAAACGCUUAUAUGAAAGAAUGUAUUAAAAGACAGAAAAUUGGCAGAUCACAUGGAUACAUGGAACCCGAUGUGCAAAAAACUUUUCCAAAAUUCUCUAGC